UGAAAGGCACAUGCACUGCAUGAGAUACUGCAGUUUUUGAUUUUGUAAAUGGGCGUUGAAAUCCUGUUUGUAGCAGGCUAGAAGACUAGAGCCGUCUUCUUUUGAAAGCACGCCAGGAUGUCGGCCACACUGAAGCCAUACCUUAAUGCUGUCCGUGCCACACUCACGGCUACGAUGUGCUUAGAAAAUUUCUCAUCCCAAAUCGUGGAGAGACACAACAAACCCGAAGUGGAGGUUCGUAGCAGCAAAGAACUUCUGUUGACCCCAGUUAUUGUGAGCCGUAAUGAGAAGGAGAAGGUUCUGGUUGAGGGAUCUGUCAACUCCAUGCGUGUUAGCAUUGCUAUCAAGCAGGCUGAUGAGAUCGAGAAGAUCUUGUGCCACAAGUUCAUGCGUUUCAUGAUGAUGCGAGCCGACAAUUUCUUCAUUCUCAGAAGAAAGCCUGUGGAGGGAUAUGAUAUUAGCUUUUUGAUCACCAACUUCCACACCGAGCAGAUGUACAAGCACAAGUUGGUGGAUUUCGUCAUUCAGUUCAUGGAGGACAUUGACAAGGAGAUCAGUGAGAUGAAGCUGACAGUGAACGCCAGGGCUCGUAUCUGUGCUGAAGAGUACCUCAAGAAUUUCUAAAACUGACGUGUGUGUAUGCAUGUGGCCAUUGUGGGUGCUGAGCACCGCAGAUUAUCAUACAGCAGAUUGACUUUGGCAGAGCCUACCUACUAUUCACCGACUUAGUGGACGCGAUUUUCAAUUUUUUUAAUGUAAGCCAUAACUAACUCCUUGUUUUGCCUGAUUCUAAUAUUUAGCCAGACCCUACCCAUUAAUGGCAUUAUGACUUCCAAUUAUUUUACACAGCCUGGACUUUUUGCAGGCAGUUAAUUAUAUCUUUAGCGCUAUAGCCCUUUUGGUUGUGCAACAUGUAUUUGCCCGAAAGCGUUGUGCAAGAUCA